AUGCCUGGAGGCACAACUCGCAGUGCCGGAUGCCUCCAGGCGUCGCCGGACUCGCCGGACGCGCCGGGUACAGGUCACAUCACCAUGAGCUCGUCUUCCAAAGAGGGCUCCACCACCACCAGCACGAACGCGAAUGGGAGCAGUGACGUGAAGAACUCGAAGCCUCUUCCGCCUGGGAUGGUGUUGGGUCCGGACGGGAAACCGUGCAAGAUCUGUACGGCGUUUCGGUAUUGGGAACCUUCGGGGAAGAAGAAAACGCAGAACGCGAGCGCAUCCUCUUCUACCACUUCGAAUGCCACCGCCGCCGCCGUAGCAGCAGCAACCACCACAGCAGCAGGAGAUGCAGAACAAUCCCGCCCCGCCCACUGUCCCCCCGACGUCGAACAACUCGGCCGCUCUACCUGGACCUUCCUGCACACCACAGCGGCCUACUACCCCACACGCCCCACGCCCCUCCAACGCGCCAACAUGCUGAACCUCUUACAUUCGCUGCCGACAUUAUAUCCGUGCGGCCACUGCGGUGAACAUCUGGGAAAGGAGAUGAAGACGAAUCCGCCGGAUGUGAGUGGGAGGGAGGGAUUGGGGAGGUGGCUUUGUGAGAGGCAUGAUGAGGUGAAUGUGAGGUUGGGGAAGGAGAGGUUUGGGUGUGGGGAGGAGAGGUUGAGGGAGAGGUGGAGGGAUGGGCCGGGGGAUGGGAGUUGUGAUUGAGGUGAGUAGGUUUGGUUUGUUUGUGGGAGGGUGUUGCUUAGUUGUUCGUUCGAUGUUGGUGUUGGUGUUGGGACUGAAGAAGCUUAGGUGGGAUGUGGCGUAGGGACUUGUACG